CCUCCACUCAGUCUGUGUUUACAUGCUUUAGCGAGCAGCAGAUGAGCGCCCCCAACCACAGGAGGGGCCCCCGAGAUAUCACAGCCGCAGGACAGGACCCAGAGAGCGCAGACUGCUGCCAUGAAGGUAUCAACUACUGAAAUGCUGGAGGAUGACACGGCAGUGACAGAUGAAGAAGAGAUUCCGGCUCCUACGCCAGAGGAGCCUUCAGAUUCUCUGAAGGACCACCCGGACCCACCAGCAGGUGUCAUCUGGAGAGUGACAGGAGGACUAUACAGCAUGACAAGAGGAGCUGUCGGAGCCACCCUCGGAGGUGUCGCCUGGGUGGGAAGUAGAAGCUUGCAGCUGACAAAGACGGCGGUUACCAGCGUGCCAGCUGCCGGUGUGGGACUGGUUAAAGGAGGAGUUUCUGUGGUGACUGGUGGAGUUGGAGCUGUUGGCUCUGCUGUCGCCAACAAAGUGUCCUUUAUCCACAAGAAAAAGGACAAGUUUGAUUAACCACGUUACUGAUUUAUCAUGGUCUGAUGACAUGCGUCAUAUCAGGAAGAGCGUCCAUGUCCACAUUUUUCAGAUUCCAGUGAUCAGUCCUUGUAGUAUGUCCUCACCUGGUGAAGAACUGGUUCUGACAACUCCCACUGUUUAAAACUAAACUAGAUGCACCUUGAGAACCAAGUCAAUGGUGGACAUUCUAGGUUGCAAUUUGCUAAAGUGAAGCAUUAUGUAAUAUUUAUUUACAACCUAUUAUUUACAUAGAGCAGAAAUAGUCUGCAGUGUUGUAGAGGAAAUGCACUUGCAUCAGUUCCCGCCAAUCACCUAUUUCAUACAUGAAUAUUGAGAGUUGUAUGGUGCUCUUUGGAAGGGAAGGGGAGCUGCUUGCGGACACAUACAUGAGCUCUCUCAUCUGGCUAAAAAAAGGAGCUCCUGAGCAAGAAAAUGCCCAUGCCUCCCCAUAAACAUGCAUGCUCGGAUCAGUAAGGCCAGCAUGCUUAAUUUAAUAAAAUCUACUUGGAAGGCACCGCUGGCGCUACUCAGGCCUAAAACCCAAGGUUAAUUAGCAGGUUCACACCAUGAGUAAAAAUUGUUAGGCUCACUAACAUGCAAUGCGUUCAGAAAGUCUUCAGACCCUUUCAAUUUUUUUUCACAUUUUAUUAUGUUUUGGCCUUAUGCUAAAGUUUUUCCCCAUCAUUCUGCACUCAGUCCCCGAUAAUGAGAAAAUGAAACAGAAUGUGAGAAAUCUUUGCUAAUUUAUUAAAAAUGAAAAAAUAAAAUCUUGCGCUGACAUAAGUUUUCAAACCCUUUACUCAGUUGAAGCCCCUUUGGCAGUGAUUACAUCCUCCAGUCUUUUUGGGGAUGAUACCACAAGGUUUACACACCUGGAUUUGGGGAUUUUCUGCCAUUCUUCUCUGUAGAUCCUCUCAAUCUCUGUCAGGUUGGAUGGGGAUGUUGGUGGUCAGCCAUUUUCAGGUCUCUCCAGAGAUUUUUGAUUGGGUUCAAGUCAGGGCUCUGGCUGGGCCACUCAAGGACAUUCAUAGAGUUGUCCCUGAGCCGCUCCUGUUUUGUCCUGGCUGUGUGCUUAGGGUCAUUGUCUUGUUGGAGGGUGAACCUUCAGCCCAGUCUGAGGUGCAGAGCACUAUGGAUCAGGUGUUCAUUAAGAAUAUCUCUGUGCUUUGUUCCAUUCAGCUUUCACUCAACUCUGACCAGUCCUCCUGUCCCCCCAGUAUUAUGCUCCCACCACCAUGCUUCACUGUAUGGAUGGUAUUGGGCAGGUGAUGAGCGGAGCCUGGUGUCCCCCAGACAUGACAUGAUGCUUAGAAUGGAGGCCAAAAAGUUCAAUCUUGGUUUCAUCAGACCAGAGAAUCUUGUUUCUCACAGUCUGAGAGACCUUAAGGGGCUUUUUUUUUGUAAACUCCUGUCAGCAUUCAUGUGUUUUUUACUGAGCAAAGUCUUCUUUCUGGCCAUAAAACCCAGAUUGGUGGAGGCUGCAGUGAUGGUGGACCUUCUGGAAGUUUCUCCUAUCUGCACACAGGAUCUUUGGAGCGCAGCCAGAGUGACCAUUGGGUUUUUGGUAACCUCUCUUGCCAAAACCCUUUUCCCUCGAUUACAUAGUUUGGUGGGGCAGCAGCUCUUGGAAGAGUCUUUUGUGUUCCAAACUUCUUCCAUGUAAGAAUUAUGGAGGCCACUGUGUUCUUGGGGACUUUUAGUUUUUGCCCCCUUCUCCAGAUCUGUGCCUCCACACAAUCCUGUCUCUGAGCUCUACAGGCAGUUCUUUUCUCCUUGUGGCUUGGUAGUUGCUCUGAUAUGCAUCGUUAGCUGUGAGAUAUUAUAUAGACAGGGCUGUGUCUUUCCAAAUCAUGUCCAAUCAACUAAAUAAACCACAGGUGAUGCCAAUCAAGCUGUAGAAACAUCUCAGAAAUGAUCCAGAGAAAUGGGAGGCCUCAGAUCAAAAUGUCAAGUGUCACAGCAAAGUGUCUGAAUACUUAUGUCCAUGUGAAAGUUUAGUUUUUCCUUUUUUACAAAUUUGCACAAAUUCCUAAAAUUCCGUUUUCACUUUUUCAUCAUGGGGUAUUGAGUGCAAAAUGAUAGGGGAAAAACUAGAUUUUUUUAUUUUAUUUUAGCACAAGGCCAGAACAUUACAAAAUGUGUAAAAGGGUUCUUUCCAAAUUCAUUGUGUCAAUGGUCAGCUUACCAGAUCAGCAGCAUAGUGUAUAUUUGUGACAUAUACUGCAUAAAAGUUAGGCCUUAGAAUAGGUCAUCAAUAUCUAAUCGGUGGGGGUCUGACCCCCUGCACACCUGCCAAUCAGCUGCUCCUACGCUACAUAUGUCCGUCUACUGGUGUAGUGGACGGAGUUGGUUACUGCAGCGUUGCUUCCAUUCACUUCAAUGACAGAAGAACUGCAGUUACCAUCUCUGUCCACCAUGUGUCAGUGGAACUGCAGGGUCCAGGACCCCCGCCGAUCAGCUAUGGAUGACCUAUUCUGAUGAUAGGAUAUCAAUAGCAAAAUCCUGAAAUACCCCUUUAAAGGGAGUCUCUAUCUUUUAGUGCCAUGUCAAUUUUAGGUCCUUAGGUUCCUUAAAUUGAUCUCCAAUGCUCCUGCCCAGAUGGUUAAAUAAUACAGUUCCGACAGCCACCACUGGAGGGAGUUUACUGCAAACUCUGUUAUCAUUAAGUUCAGUGUAACGUCUGAGCUCCCCCUAGUGGUGGCAGUCAGCAGAACUGCAGCACAUAACUCUAUGCAGGGGACUUGGAGCUCUGCAUCAGGAAAACGGAGCGUGGACCGCGAGCAAGUUAUAUUAAGAAAUUAAUCAGCACAGAAUUUUUGAUUUAUCUAGAUUAGAUUGUGCCUCAAACCAGAGCAUUAUGGGAGCCGAAGAGCCUCCUGGCUGGGAUUCUUAGAUGAGUUUGACAAUGCAAUAAUGGAGGAGAUAACACGUGCUAUCACCCAGUACUUUAUCUCAGCUCCUAUCAGCCCGGACUUUACAUGCUCUGAUCCUAAUAAACUACAUGAAAUAAAAAAUAGUUGCCGCUCCCAGCAGCUGACAAUGGGAAUAAUAACAGCGCUGAUAUCUUUAUAUCUUAAUCAGCAGUGACAUCUACUCUUCCGCAAUGAGUAUCUGGAAUCGGUUUAAUUUAUUUUAUCCCAUUGUCGUCUUUAUUAAAUUGUCAUCUUCUGUUAAUAUUGCGGCUAGAUCACCAAGAUAGUGUCUAACAGAAGCUGCGGUCGUUGCCUAUUCUAUCCCAGUAGCAGGUACCAGAGUUAAAAAAACAUGGCUGCUUACUUCCAGGAACAACGCCAUCUCUGUCCGUGGGCUGAGUGUGUGGAAUUGCAGCUCAUCUACAUUGAAAUGCAUGCAGCUAAGCUGCAGUACCGCACACAGCCUGUGGACAGGUGUGGCGCUGUUUUGAAAAGAAAGCGGACAUGUUUUUUUGAAUUUUGUACAACCUGUAUGGGAUAAAAACAAAUCGUGGUUGGUGUCUUCCUAAAAAAGCGCCAUACCUGUCCACAGGCCGUGUGUGGUAUUGCAGCUCAGAGAGGUAAGACAUUGUUUUUUGGGGGAAAGGAGGGGGUUCUAAUGGACCCUGAGUUACCAGAAUAAAACCAGUAUUUCAGGUUGGUUUUGCAGGGUUCAGUACCUUCUAUGGACGCUUAUCCUAUGGUGUCCACUAGAGAUGAGCGAAUUUCCACUUAUCAAAUUCGUUCACACUUCGUUUGUUGGUAAAAGGUGAAUUGCGAUAUGGACUCCGCUACCACGCAAUUCUAUACCGGAAUGCCCUUUGAGUUGUACUGCGCAUGUACCAGUUAGAGAGCCAGUAUUGGUCAGGUGAGAAGACUGUGUAGGAACUUGGCCCUGUCAAUCAAGUAGAGGGAGGGGCCGGCAGAGGAAGCAGGAGGAGCAAGGGUGCACAGAGUGGCUUGGGGCCGCCCUCGGUGCACUUAACUGCUCAUUUGCAUAUGGAUUAAAUGUAGUUUUUCAUCAGAACGAAGCAACGGAUCGCGGAGUGAGAGGUAUCAUUACGUUCCGCUGAGCUAGUCCUACAAGGCAUUGUGCCUGGUUUAUCAGUGAAUUUGCUGGGGACAAAUUAGCCUUUAGGCCUCACACAACCGUACGUAUUUUGCGGUCUGCAAGCAAAAUACGGACACUAUCCGUGUUGCAUCCACAUUUUUUGCGGUCCUAUUGACUUCAGGGGGCCUGUGGUUCUCAUUUUGCGGCCAUGUAUAGGAGUUCUUAUAUCUUUUGGCAGAAUAGACAUCCGGAUGCGGAAAGCACAUGGAUCAUCUGUAUGCUUUCAGCAUCCGUAUGUCCUUUCCACAAAUACAUAAUAAAUAGAAUAAGUCCACACAAUGCAGAGCAGACCUCAGACCCAUUGAAGUCAAUAGGUUCGGGGGGAAAAUGCUGACGCAAAACGGGCACAGUCGUGUGAAGGAGGCCUUGACGUGUUAAGUGUCAGGUUAACAUUUGGUACCUCUGUGGGGAAAUUGUACCUGGUAUCUGUAUAUUACGUGUAGGUCCUGGCCAAGUUCAUAUGUAUCUUAGGUUAUCCUGAUAAGUUUUCUAGUGAAUAUCCUUCCCUUGACUUAGGUCAGGCUGUAGAGUAAAAUCUUGGUUGAAGGUCAUUCAAUAGAGAAGUAUCCACUGUACUGGAUGUAUAGAGCCUGAGUCAAAGACCUUGAGAUGAUCUAAUGAUGUCUGGCCUUCGGUUGGGCUGUCUCUUCAAGGUAGGAUUCUUCUAGGGCAGUGAUGGCUAACCUCCACCACGCCAGCUGUGGUGAAACUACGACUCCCAGCAUGCUCUACUCAUUUCUAUGCAAGUGUGCAUCUUGGGAGUCGUAGUUUUACCACAGCUGGAGUGCCGGAGGUUAGGCUGUUCUUGGUCAAGGUAACCUUCAGAUCACCACGUCCUUGAGGCUGUUCCUGACAAGUUGACCAUGUUCUCUACAAGAAGUCAUUGUGCCCUUCUCGGAAGUCCAAGCAGAGAGGUUUUUGUCAGAGAUAAUAUACGUCGAGAUGAGUAAGGCGUAAAGAACGCCGAAUGUAACACAUGGAAAGCUUCCAUUUAUCCCUCGCUCUCACACAAGGUAACCAAGUCUUACUCUACAUAGUUGUCUAUUAUUGCAGGAGAUGUGAAUUCCACGAUGCUUGAGAAGAAAUGAAAAGUCGCUCAUUAUUCACCCUUAAGUGAACCUUCACAUGCACUAAUAGGAAAUAUUCUGUUACUUUCAUGCAAAUAAAGAAGCAAAUAACUUGUC